GUAGUUUGUUGAUAGCCAGCCGAUCGUACGGACGCACACAAUGCGAUCCCAGAGAUCGAUGUGCCUACAAAACCAUACGAGCACUAUUUACCCAGUGAAAAACAACAGCAAUAACAAUUGCUAGGAGAGGAGAAAAAACAAAAAAAAAACCAAAACUAUUCAAUAAUAACAAUGAAAAAAACACAUGUACAAUAAAAUGUUUGCACGCUUUCGGUUUGGAUGCGCCUCUUGCGAAUAUGGCAAUGUUUUAGCUUUGGGGCCCAAUUGACUUCGUGAUGUGGCAUUAGGUAACAAAAGGCGCCUAUAUCAGCACAAAGUGUCUGCCGAUUUGGCGCAUUCAUCAGAAAAAUAAAAAAAACUAAAUAUAUAAAGAAAAAAAAAAAAACGGGCGAUAUCAGCAAGUUUCAGUUCGACGUGCUUCAUGAAGUGAUUAAGAACUAAGUAACCAAACAGUCGAUCGUCAAAGUCCGUCAUGGUCGUGUGUCCAUCGUUUCUGGGCGCCUGUAAUUGCGCGUAGUUUUGAUUUUUCAAAAAACGUUGCUUGCCAUAAACAAAUUGUCUAUCAAGCAAUAGAUAUUUUGUUGUAUGAAACGAGCGCUACCUAAUAAAUGAUACCAUAUAAAUCAAUUGAGUGAACGCCAAUCAAAUGGGGGCAACUGUGAUAAAUCUACCACACAAAUGGAUCAUGCGAAGAGUAGCUAUAUAAACAGACAAUCAGUCGUAAAUAAACAAAAGAAAAUUGUACACUCAGCGGCCGCCAGCGGCCAAUAAAAUGUGUGAAAAAUGUGUGCGAGAGGCGGUGAAAAAUGCAACGUUUAAAUAAAUAAAUAAAUAAGAACCUGAGCAGCAUCGAGUCGAGCACAAAAUGUUUACUACAAAACUAAAAACAAAUCGAUCAUUUCGUGUUAAUGGCAAAACGUAAUAUUUAAAGCGUUGUUAAAAUAUCGGAAUAUAUAUUUGAACUCAUAAAAUCAAUUGUGCAAUUUUUGAUGAAACUUUUCCGUUGGAAGCUAAAAGUUCGAUAUAGAUAAAAGUAUAUUAUGAGAACUAAAAAGUGCUAAACAAUGUAUAGACUUUGUUAAGGCAAGUGCAUACGAUGGUGUUGACAAUAAUUAUUAGGAAACAGCUGCACCGUUUAGCGGCGAUUUGGUUCUUGAUUGGCAUCUGUGGAUUGCCCACGACGAUUGGGUACUUUAUUGAUUAUACAGAGAACACGGAGCUGAUACAACAACGUGCCGGCUUCGACGUUAGGUUGCAGUGCAAUCUCACGGGUCUGGUGGAUGAGCGCAGACUGGCGGACAUUAGAAUACACUGGUACUUCAAGCAAUGCAGCGACAAUAAUUGUUACCAGCUGGAGUCUGGCGAUGACUGGACAGCUCUGCCCUGCGACUCCACACUCUGUCGUGCAGAGCUCUGGCUGCGCAACGUGACCGAGCGUUACUCUGGCCUGUACAAGUGCAGCAUUAAUCCUCAAGUAUGGGAUGUGCAACUUAUUCGCACCUAUCAGCUGGAAGUGAAGAAUAGCUCGCUAGCCGCACCGGAGUUUCUAGAUGCAUACCCAAGCAAUAAAACCGCUAUUCAGGACACUCGAGUGGUGUUCCAGUGUCGCGUGCACAGCGAGGAGCACUUAACUAUUAAAUGGUUUAGACGGCAUGGACAUGCAGCAUAUAUGCCGGCGCCAGAGACGCCUCAGCCCCCAUCCGGCACUUCCAAUUUCAGUGCUCAUAUUGUGCGCUAUAAUGGGCGUACCUACGAGCUGCUCCCUACUUCUCCGGAAAAGCUAAUCAGUCCACAGAUCUAUCUCAGCAAGCUUAUAUUAAACAACGUGCGUCUACGGGAUGCCGGUUACUAUGCUUGUGUGGCAAUAAGCUAUCGGGGCCACAAAAUAAGAGAAGCCUAUCUAGAAGUAUUGCCGCCCGAUGAGAAUUUGGAAUACUGGGUGGACUACAGUAACAGCGAUGAGGUUGUCAGCGACGAUACCAGCGAUCCUCGCGAAUUCCUCUUGUUGUUUCUCAUGCCACUUGGCUUGGCGCUACUGCCGCUGAGCGUUUGGGGUGGAUACAUGAUCUAUAAGCGCUGCACCAGGCAUAGCGAGUGUGAGCGCAUUGAACAGCAAUACUCGGAUGAGGAGCUGGACACAGAACGCUAUGUGCUCGGCGGCAGUUGACAAUGUUGCAAGGUGUGGGAUCAAAGACUGUGCUUAAACUUAAGUUAUAAUAUUUACAAUAAAUUACAAAUUAGUUUGAAAACUA